AAAAGCGAGCGUCGAAUUUGCACCAUCCAGAUAGCGAGUCACAGCUCACGGGCACGUUUAUCCCUUCGACUCGAUUCACUUUCUUUCCCCACUAUCGUCACUCACAAUGCUUCCUUUGCAGCAAUUCAUCGCCCUCCUGCUUCUCUUCAUCUUCGUCUCCUCUUUUUCCGCAGCCUUAGCUCAGAAUCAUGAGGACCCAACAAUCAGAACCAUGGAAGCUUUCUCCGGAUACCCUGUUCACCAUCCUUCCUCUUAUGUCUUCUCAAACCCCAUUAGUUCUCUGUCCGUUGAUUCUGAUACCUUAGUGAAACAGAUUGAGGAGCUUUCUACUUUCUCGGAUUCACCAGCCCCAUCGGUUACCAGGAUUCUUUACACUGAGAAGGAUGUAUUGGCACGAAGGUUUGUCAAAAACUUAAUGGGACUAUCUGGUCUCUCUGUUCGAGAGGAUGCCGUUGGUAACAUAUUUGGUAGAUGGGAUGGCUCUGAACCAGAGCUUCCCGCAGUUGCCACAGGUUCUCAUGUUGAUGCAAUUCCAUUCUCUGGGAAGUAUGAUGGAGUUGUUGGUGUUUUAGGUGCUUUAGAAGCCAUCAACGUCUUGAAAAGGUCCGGGUUUAAACCUAAGAGGUCUCUGGAAAUUAUCUUUUUCACCUCUGAGGAACCUACACGCUUUGGAAUCAGCUGCUUGGGUAGCCGCUUGUUGGCAGGGAGUGAUGCACUUGCUAAAGCCUUGGAAACAACUGUUGAUGGUCAGAAUAUAUCUUUCAUUGAUGCUGCUAGUUCUGCUGGCUACUUAACUGAUCCAGCUCAGAUAUCAACUGUGUUUUUAAAGAAAGGAAGUUACUCUGCUUUCCUUGAAUUGCACAUAGAGCAGGGUCCCAUUCUGGAGGAAGAAGGUAUAUCUAUAGGAGUUGUGACUGCAAUUGCAGCUCCUGCUAGUCUGAAGGUGGAGUUUGAAGGCACUGGUGGUCAUGCUGGUGCUGUACUGAUGCCAUAUAGAAAUGACGCUGGACUGGCAGCAGCUGAGCUAGCACUAGCAGUUGAGAAGCAUGUAUUGGACUCUGGAUCCAUCGACACUGUGGGUACCGUUGGUAUCCUGGAGCUUCAUCCUGGAGCAAUCAACAGCAUCCCAAGCAAAUCACAUCUGGAAAUAGACACCAGAGACAUUGAUGAAGAGCGUAGAAACACUGUGAUUAAGAAGAUUCAUGAAUCUGCCGAUGAAAUAGCUAAAAGGCGACAGGUCAAGCUAUCAGAAUUCAAAAUUAUUAACCAGGAUCCGCCAGCACAUUCUGAGAAAUCAAUAAUAGAGGCUAUGGUUUCUGCAACGAAAGAUCUCAAUCUCACACACAAACUGAUGAUUAGUAGAGCAUACCAUGAUUCGCUGUUUAUGGCCAGGGUAUCCCCAAUGGGUAUGAUAUUUAUUCCUUGCUAUAAAGGGUACAGCCACAAGCCAGAAGAAUUCGCCUCACCGAAGGAUAUGUCAAACGGAGUCAAGGUAUUGGCCCUUACCCUUGCCAAAUUGUCGCUGCAGUGAUAUCCUUAUUCCCAAUUCAUGUAAAAUUUGUUUUGUCUGAAAUGUACUUUCUUUCAGGUCCUUAAAUAUAUUUGUUCCUUGUGAAUUAGCUUACAAUAAAGUUUGGAUCUUUCUCCCAUUA